AGAGUUUUCGCCUGUGAGAAGAAGAUAUGAAGUUAUCCGGCUCUCUUUGGAUCCUUUGGUUUCUCCUGGUGUGCAGGGCGGCGGGAGGCGCUGAGUCAAUCUCAGAUCCAUCAAUCAGUCCCGGACAUAGCAUGACAGAUGGACAUGACCAGCCGCUGAGCAAGGGUCAAUAUAAAUGUCUUGAGCUGACCCACAAAGACCACCAAGAUAACAGAACCGGUACCUUCUGUGGACGCAUGUGGGAUGGCUUAUUGUGCUGGGAGGAGACACCAGUUGGGACGUCCGUAACACAAAACUGUCCAGAUCACCCUGACCUGGACCCAACUGAAAAAGUGACCAAAUAUUGUGCCGAACUGGGUAACUGGGUCCAGACUGGGCCCACUUGUCAACCAACUUCAAAGAACAAAUUAGAGAAGGAAGUCCCCCAUUUUUUAAGGGAUGCUGCUGGAGAGCCGACCACAGAGGGCACAGGGGUUAACACAGAAACAGCUGGUGUGGAAAAAAUGAUCAUUGAGAACGAAAAGAAAUGCUCAGAAAAAAUGAAGCAAGAUCCAUCUUAUGAGAAAUCAGGUAAUACAGGGCUGUUCUGUGGUCGUAACUGGGACGGCUGGCUCUGCUGGGACGACACUCCAGCGCGAACCAACGCCUCCCAAAACUGCCCCAACUAUUUUGGUGACUUUGACCCCACAGAAAAGGCGACCAAGUACUGUGGAGAAGAUGGCGAGUGGUUUCACCACCUAGAGUCCAAUAGGAUUUGGACCAACUAUACACUCUGCUCAGCCACCAAUGAGAAGAGACUGAGGAAACUGAAAAUGCUUGAGAAUGAAUACAUGUGCCUCCAGAAAAUAAUUCAAGACCCACCUUUUAACAAAUCAGGGCUGCACUGUAGUCGUAACUGGGAUGGCUGGCUGUGCUGGGACGACACUCCAGCGGGAACCUUCGCAUCCCAAAACUGUCCAGAUUAUGUUUUCGACUUUGACCCCACAGAAAAGGCCACUAAGUACUGUGGAGAAGACGGGCAGUGGUUUCACCAUCCGGAGAGCAAUAAGACUUGGACUAAUUAUACGCUCUGUGCUGUCAACACUAAGGAGAGGUUGAAGGCAGCCGCGCAGCUCUCAGGAGUCACUGAGGUAGAGUCCAGCGAUGAGGCCACGGUCAGCCCCAUGGUCAACCCAGAACAACAGGAAAUUGUGAGAAAGAAAAUCCUUGACAGCCAGUACAAAUGCUUUGAGAAAAUGAAUCGGGACCUACCUUACAACAAAUCAGGGCUGCACUGCAGUCGCAACUGGGAUGGCUGGCUGUGCUGGGAAGACACUCCAGCAGGAACUUACACCUCUCAGAACUGCCCCAACUAUUUUGUUGACUUUGACCCGACAGAAAAAGCUGCUAAGUACUGUGGGGAGGACGGGCAGUGGUUUCGUCACCCGGAUACCAACAGGACUUGGUCCAACUACACACUCUGCAACGAAAACACUAAUGCAAAGUUGAAGUCGGCGUACAUCCUGUUUUACAUGGCGAUAGUGGGUCAUGCUUUGUCCAUAGCCUCUCUGCUCAUCUCUCUGGCUAUCUUCUUCUACUUCAGGAGUCUCAGCUGCCAAAGGAUCACCCUGCACAAGAACCUGUUCUGCUCCUAUGUGCUCAAUUCAGCCCUCACCAUCACCAACCUCGUAGCAGUGGUCAAUAAUCCUGAACUGGUGGGGAGAAACCCGGUUGGCUGUAAGGUGUUGCAAUUCUUCCACAUGUACAUGCUGGGCUGCAAUUAUUUCUGGAUGCUGUGUGAAGGCAUCUACCUGCACACGCUCAUCGUGGUGGCUGUGUUUGCAGAGGAACAGCACCUGCACUGGUACUACCUCCUGGGCUGGGGCUUUCCUCUAGUGCCUGCAUCCAUCCACGCCGUGGCAAGGAAAAAGUAUUUUGAUGACAACUGUUGGAUGAGUGUGGAAACCCAUCUGCUCUACGCCGUCCAUGGUCCCAUUGUGGCAGCGCUUCUUGUGAACCUCUUCUUCUUACUCAAUAUUAUAAGAGUGUUGGUGACCAAGUUGAGAGACACACACCGGGCAGAGUCCAAUAUGUACAUGAAGGCAGUGAGAGCCACCUUGAUCCUGGUGCCCCUGCUGGGAAUACAGUUUGUCAUUAUUCCCUGGAGGCCAGAGAACCGAAUAGCCGGCGAGGUCUACGAGUGCAUCAUGCACAUACUCAUGCACUACCACGGAUUACUGGUGGCAACAAUAUUCUGCUUUUUCAACGGAGAGGUGCAGGCAGCUCUAAAGAGACAGUGGAUGCAGUACAAAACCCAGUGGGGUCAGAGACGAAAGGACCACUGCUCAAUGCGCUCCACGUCCUACACAGCCACCUCCAUCACCGAGGAGCCCGCCUUCAUGUACCACCAUGACUGUAACAGCGAACACUUGAACGGGCGCCACGCUGAGGACCCUGAACUGGUGGCACUAAAAUCAGGAGAGACGUACGCUUGAGCCGCCAAGCCACAAGAGUGCGGCGGUGGGAGCAGCUGAUGAAGAGAAACUGAGCAACGGACAUGUACAGUUAGAAAGGAAAAUCCAGUUU